AUGUAUAGUCAAACUUACGAGGACACCCCAAUUCCUCUUAUAACUAACUACACAGUUAUAAAAGAGGCAGAAGUGGAGGAUAAAAGAGAAACGGAGGACCGAGUGUUGCUUGAAAUAGGGCGACCCGGCGACAAACCUAAAGAGGAACACACGUUUUCGCAUAAGAAAUACGAUAAAACAAUAUCGCAUCACAGGUCCUAUGUGUUGGAGGACUAUACCGAACCCAGGAGGGUAAAUUACUUCCGGCCGCACGAAUUGGAAUCGCCUCAUAGUGGGUCCAGAUACUAUGAAAACGAAGAGUAUAGAGAUGUAGCUUUGCUUGAGGCGAGCAAGUCACCGACCGAGUUCUCGCACGAAUCUCAGGAUGCCAGCAAGUACUCCGACGAUCAGCAAGACUCUACGUUGAACUGGAAGGAACGGGCUUUGCAAAUAGAAAAAGAAUACAAGAAGACAGCGUGCGACCGAGAACGUACCAGAAUGAAGGACAUGAAUAGGGCAUUCGAUUUGCUGCGUUCCAAAUUGCCCAUAACAAAACCGUCCAAAAAGAAGUACUCAAAAAUUGAAUGCCUACGGAUAGCCAUCUGCUAUAUAAGGCACUUGGAGUACAUGCUUGCGGGUGGCUCUCCCGAAGACAAUCCCAUCUUCUUCGAUCCUCAAUCUGCUGAUAUCACGGAGCUUAGACGACGCCAGCGGUAUUAA